AUGCCAUUGGAGUCAGACAGUGAUUCCACAUCCCAGUCAGCCUCUAGUAUAUCAGAUGGAACCGCCUUAUCAUCUCCAAUUCCAAACCCUAAGGCUACGUUCAAAAAGGGCACCAAGAAGCACAUCAAAAAAGGCAAUAUUGCUCCAUGGGAACAGUGCUUGCAUUUUGCACGUUGGAUUCCUCGGGCUGUUGACAUGUUCUGCAUCCUGAAUGAUAUGUUCCACAUUGCCAUGUUGAUGGAAGAGGACCAGGCUGCCCAGGUGUCAGAUAAACCAGAUGAUGAAUUGGUCAAGGCACAGAGGAAGGAAGUCUUGUCUCUGAUAAGUAAAGAUUCCCAAGAACAGCAUAUGAGGAACUUUACAAAGAUCUUAGCAGGAGCACCAUAUCUGCGCAAACUUGCAUACAGAAGCAUCAAACAACAGUCCAAGCUACUGGAUGUCCUGACCAAGAUGCAGGGCAUUAUGAGUCAGUAUGCCACCCCAAGGCCUACAGAUGAGGGGCUGAGCCCUACAAUUUUUACUGACAACAAAUUUUGUGCUAAACUUGGUGUUAAUCACCCCCAACUUGCAGUGCUGCUGUGUCCUAUCAAGCAUGUCAAAGCAUUUCAUGAAGAUCCAAAAAAAGUACAAGCCCAACUACAGAACGCAGUGAUCAAGAUGCAGAUGGCCGCAUGGCCUACAUUUGCAUAUGCAGGUGAUCCACCCAGCACAGAUUUGACCCAGACAGUGUUCAAGAAGGAUUUUUACAAGGUUAUUAUUUGA